CAAGAAAGCAAUAAACCUUUCUUCAAAUUAUUCUUCUUCUUUUUUGUUUCCAACAUGGCAUUAGAGCUAUAAACUUCUGGUUCUUUUCUCUUAUCAUCACUGUUUGGUUUUUGGAGUUAGAUUUUCAAUUCCAUUUCAGAUCUGAAACUUUAUCAUUGGGAUCUCUUCUCCUACAUAUUGGAUUAUUUAUCCUCGAUUCUCAGGUUCUUUCUAAGGUUUUUGGUUGUGCAUGUUUUGUUCUUCUUCCACCUCAUGAACAUAAUAAGUUAGAGCCUAGAGCUCGAUUAUGUUGCUUUUUGGGUUAUGGGAUUACACAAAAAGGAUAUCGUUGUUGGGAUCCUGUGUCACAAAAACUCCGAGUUUCACGUCAUGUUGUCUUUUGGGAACACACUAUGUUCUCAUCAUUGUCAAACUUCAAGGUACAUUUGAUGAGUUCUACAAUGCCUCACAACAUGCUUCAACGAGUUCUGUAGAAGAUGAUCUACAUGUUGGUAAUACAUUAGAUAAUUCUAAGCCUUCUUCUACUUCCUCAUUUGUAUCACCUGUUGAUGUUGCAUUUGAGCUUGUUGUCCCAUCCUCGAGUCAUCCUACUCAGGAGCAUGGAAUAGACUAUGAGAAAACAUUUGCUCUAGUUGCUCGUCUCACAUCUGUGCACAGUUUGCUUGCUAUCAUUGCUAUACGGAGAUGGAAAUUGUUUCAUAUGGAUGUGAAAAAUGCUUUUCUUAAUGGGCUUGAAGUCACCUCUUCAAAUGAUGGCUACUUGCUUUCUCAAGUAAAGUGUGCCUCCGAUCUUAUUUCUAAAGCUGAACUCAAUGAUGUUUAUCUUACCACAACAUGCCCUGAUAUAGCAUAUGCAGUUCACAUUGUUAGUCAGUUUAUGGCUGCUCCUCGCUCCACUCAUUAUGCAGCAGUACUUUGCAUUAUUCGCUAUGUUAAGGGAACAUUAUUUCAUGGACUCCAUUUUUCUGCCAAGUCCUUUCCUAUGCUUCGCGCUUACUCUGAUGCUGAUUGGGCUUGUGAUCCUUCUGAUUGUCGAUCUACCACUGGUUAUUGUCUUUUCCUUGGUAAUUCUCUUAUCUCUUAGCGGAGUAAGAAACAAACUAUCCCAUCUUGCUCUAAUACUAAAGUUGAGUAUAAAGCUCUUGGUGAUACCACAUCAGAACUUCUUUCAUUAUGGUGGCUUCUUGAAGAUAUGGGCAUUCAUCAACUUUAUUCUACUGAUUUUUAUUGUGAUAAUAAAAGUACUAUGCAAAU